GCCGUGCUGGCGCCGGCGCGUCUGAUCGCGUGUCGCUGUUGCGGCCAUGCCGAAGGCGGCGCGUGUGGCGGAGCCGCUGCACGAGCAGAUCCUGCGGGCUGCGGCCCCCACGGUGCGGAACCGGCGGGCGCGGGACGCGGGGCGCGAUGCGGAGGAACGGGACGGCGGAUACGUGGGGCCGCGGUUGUCCCGGCGCAUCCUGCGGGAGGCCCGGAGGCAGCAGGAGGAGCUGGAGGCCGAGCACGGCCCCGGGGCGCCCGCACCGACAGCCCCGAGCGGGCGCGGGUCGGAGGAGGACGAUGAGGACGAGGAGUGGCCGUCACUGCAGCGGGCGGCGGAGUGGGACGGGACGGGCGGCGGGGGGGACGUGCAGGUGGAUCCCGAGGACGAGAAGGCCCUGGAGAUGUUCAUGAACCGCGCGGCGCCGCUCAGGCGGACGCUGGCGGAUGUGAUCAUGGAGAAGAUCACGGAGAAGCAGACGGAGGUGCAGACGGCGCUGUCCGAGCUGUCGGGCCGCCCCAUGCCCCAGCUCGACCCCCGCGUGAUAGAGGUGUACAGAGGCGUCAGAGAGGUGCUGUCCAAAUACAGGAGUGGGAAGCUCCCCAAGGCAUUUAAAAUCAUUCCUGCCCUGUCCAACUGGGAGCAGAUCCUCUACAUCACGGAGCCCGAGACGUGGACGGCAGCAGCGAUGUACCAGGCCACGAGGAUAUUUUCAUCCAACCUGAAGGAGAGGAUGGCCCAGAGGUUCUACAACCUGGUGCUGCUGCCACGGGUCAGAGAUGAUAUCGCUGAGUAUAAGCGCCUCAACUUCCACCUCUACAUGGCUUUGAAGAAGGCUCUGUUCAAGCCAGGAGCCUGGUUCAAAGGGAUCCUCAUCCCCCUGUGUGAAUCGGGGACCUGCACACUGCGGGAGGCCAUUAUCAUCGGCAGCAUCCUCACCAAGUGCUCCAUCCCUGUCCUGCACUCCAGUGCAGCCAUGCUGAAGAUUGCUGAGAUGCCAUAUAACGGUGCCAACAGUAUCUUCCUGCGGCUGCUCAUCGACAAGAAGUACGCGCUGCCGUUCCGUGUGGUGGAUGCCCUGGUCUUCCAUUUCUUGGCCUUCCGCACAGACCAGCGCACGCUGCCCGUGCUGUGGCACCAGAGCUUCCUGGCUCUUGCCCAGCGCUACAAGGAGGACCUGUCCUCGGAGCAGAAGGAAGCUCUGCUCGAGCUGCUCAAGUUCCACAGCCACCCACAGAUCUCAGCCGAGAUCCGCAGGGAGCUGGUGAACUCCAAGACACGGGACGUGGAGGGGCAGGAGCCGGCAGUGAUGGAGUGAGGGGAGGAAGGAAGGAAGCACCACAGCCUGGCCUGGCUCCUGGGGGCUGCUGCACAGCUGGGAGCAGCACGUCCAGGGGUCUGGGAGCAUCCAGCCCUGGGAUCCCACUGCUCAUGGUGCUGUAACCACGGGGCUGGGCUGGGCUCCCUGCGCUGCUUGUGUCAGGGCAGCCCUACAGCCCUGGCACCCAGGACAGCAGUAGGGCUUGUCCUGCUCCUGUUCUGGAAAAUAAAGCCCGUGCUGGGUCCUUCCUGGAGCAGCUCUGA